AUUAUCUCCGAGAUAUAAGAAAAUGGCCUCUGCAAAAAUGAAUACUAAAGGUGUGAAAAGAAGCCUUGAAAAUGAGGCAUGUACUUCGCGUGGCCUCACUGUAGAAGGGAAUAAACGUUUCUGUGUCCCUGCAGCCGACAGAAAAACAGAUCAGAGUUCCUUAACACAGGCAAAACUAGUUAUGUCACAAGUCAUAAGAAAACUACACUCAAUUCCUCAUUCUAACUUCAACGAAGAAUUCCUUCAAUACAUCAAGUCGAUGAUAUCAAAGCUUGAUGCAACCUCUAAGAAGAAAACCACAGUGGGUGUGUUUGGUAAAUCGGGAGUGGGCAAGAGUUCCUUGAUAAAUACCAUCUUGGGAGAGGAAGACCUGUUGCCAUCAGGAACCAUCACUGCAUGCACUUCAGUCAUUAUUCAAGUUGAGUUCAGCACAACUGACUCCAACUACACAGCAGAGAUUGACUUCAUUCCCAAAGAGGAGUGGGAAGAGGAGGUUAAAAAUCACCUAAAUGCUUUGUCACAAGCCAAAGAGAGCGAUGAAGAUAAAGAUGAAGAUACAUUGAGCACAGCUCAGGAGAAAGUACGAGCCGUUUAUGGGGAUAUUAGACGAAAUGCGACCCUGGAAGAACUGAUAGAUGAACAGAAUUUUGCAGCCAUCCCAGAAUUCCUUGUGUCAUCCAAGAAAACAGUGUCAUGCACCACUGCCUCUGAACUUUCAGAAGAGAUCAACAGUUUCACGAGGUCUGAUGAUUCCAGCCCUGGGCAGCACUUCUGGCCACUGGUUAAAACUGUCACCAUCAAGAUACCCUCUGGCAAAGGCCUUCAAAACAUUGCCUUUAUUGACCUUCCUGGCACUGGAGAUUUCAAUAAAAGCAGAGACGAAAUGUGGAAGAAGUGCUUAAGCAGAUGUUCCACGGUGUGGAUUGUCAAUGACAUGAACCGGGCUGCGUCUGACAAGGAGCCAUGGAAGAUUCUCACCAGCUGCAUCAAAGACAUGGGGCAUGGCGGAGAGUGCAACAGCAUCACUUUCAUCUGCACAAAGACGGAUGACAUAAAUUACAAGUCAUACAUGAAGAAUUGCAAGUUGAAGGAUAAAGACCUGAAUGUCACAGCAACACAGGACUCGGUGGAUUAUGGAAAACAGCUGAAACGGGCCUGUAUACUACACCGGAAUGAAGAAGCCAAGAAAAAAGUCAGGACAAUGUUUUCCGACCAAACUGAGAUACAGAAUAAUUUCACAUGUGAUGAGGACUUCUUGAAGGUCUUUACAGUUAGCGCCAAGGAUUUCUUUCAGCAGAAAGAAGAUGGCUGCAUUUUGAAUAAAGAGGACACAGAAAUCCCAAAGCUUUGGAGACUACUGGAAAAACUUGACAAUGGUCAUCAUAGUACAUCAGCAAAUAAUUACAUUCAAGGAGCAUAUGGUAUUCUGUCCUUGAUCCAAGGUGCCAAGAGUAAUGUCUCUGAGACCUUGAAGGUAAAACAGAAUGCUAUGAAAGCUCUGAAACAAAAUUUGGAGGAAGAACUGUACUUCCUGAAGGCAUUCCUCAUACGACAGUCCAAUCAUCUGCAGUUGUGCCUUUCUGAGGGGGUAAACGAAUCAGAGAACCUUUCCCUGGAAACCGCUGAUAAAGACGUCAUUAAAACAGGAAUAAAGGAUGCAAGGGGAUAUCAUAUGACAUUCAAGGCUUUGUGUGAGAACAAUGGCUUCAGGAGGAUUAAAAAUGGAACAAUUAUAGAUCUGAAUGCAUCUCUUGCUACCUACAUGUACAAACAUGUUAAUGGACAAUUUCAAAAUAUGUUCCCAGUGGAUGGCCCACUAACAGGAAAACCAGACAAAUCAAUUAGAGGGAUGCUGCACAGAUUCAACAUCAUCAACAGUGACAUCACUGAGCUUUACGGGGAAUCUCCAGUGUCACUCAACCUGACAUUCAUUAAGACUCAGCAAAACAGACUGAUCUCAAGAAUCGAGGAUAACAUUUUUCAAAGGAAGAAAAGAAUCUUCAAUUCCCUCUAUGAGUCCAUUCUCUUCCAAAUGAUCCCAGUUUACUCAGAGGCUGCAAAAAUAUAUGGAAAGCAUUCUUUUAUUGCAAGGCAGAUGUUGGUGACAGACCACAUUAAGAAUUCAAAGGCAGACAUGUUUACCAGAGCCAAAACAAACAUGAUGGAACUCUUUGAAAACCUUACAGAAUACAUUCAAGAGACUUUGAGAGAAGAGUUGGAUGACAUUGUAACACACGCCCUUACCAUUAAAGAUGGGCUGCCUCUUCCAGAUAUCAGGCGUGAGGUGAAAGAGAUGUCCCUUGCCUCCAGUUUUGUCGACCUUCAGCUCCCCGACUCCUGCCCCGACUCUGACUCCAGCCCCGACUCCUGCCCCGACUCUGACUCCAGCCCCGACUCCAGCUCCAGUCCCGACUACGACUCCAGUCCCGACUCCUGCUCCCAAGCUCCUGUUUGUAAAACAGCCAUAGGAAGUUGAAUUUCGGGUAGGAACAUUGCCUCCCUCCAAAAUAAAACUACUUACAAGAAUUUGGAGCUAAUUACAGGAAUUUGGAGCUCUCUUUCUACAGAUUGCGCUUCUUUAGUGCUGCUUUGAAUUUAAGAUUUCUUUUUAAAAAGAGAUGCAAGUUAUGCUUUUUCUCUCAAUUUGUUACCUUGUGGAUUAUGCAGUUACCUUUUUUUACAGAAAUAAAGUAUUGGUAUGUAUCUUAUGUUGAGAUAUGAAAAGCAUCAGCUUAUCCAUAAAUUGAAACAUUUGUCUGAAACACCCCUGUCUCCACCUCCUCCUGUCCCAUUGUCAUAUCAGAUAUUCAGACUCGGAGUUUUGAGUAGAGUCCACCUCCGAUGUUGGGAUACAGAGUGCACAUGGGGGUGAAUUCUGGUAGCAUAGCCUUAGUAUGUUAAAAGUAUUAGUAAAACUUGUUAUUUAAAAAUGUUUGAUGGUCAUGCAAAUUACGUGAGUUUUCCGGGAAAAAUAACAAAACAGGAUGGUGCCGGUAGAUGACCUUGAAAUACGGGAGAAACCCGGGAAAAACGGGAGUGAUGACAGGUAUGGGUAUGCUGCUAUUUCCCUGUUCCUUCCCUGGGGCAAUGACUACUACUGCUACAAGCAUAAGGACGAAUGCCAGUGUACACAAUAUCCAGUAGGCAAUU